GCCACAGAUCUAUGCAGUCACUAAAGAGCCAUCCACGAUCACGCGAUGGCUUUGGCAUCCCUGCUGCCGCUCUGUGAUCACACCGAGCAGUUGGCACUACUGCAGCUGUUCGCGCUCAUUGCCAACAACAAACCUGAGUUACUAGAAGCCAGCCUACCGCAACUGUGCGAGUACCUGGGUACAGCGGCUACAGCGAAUGCCACCAUGGUGGUUCUCCUGCAUUUGGCUGAGAAGCGACCACACCUGUUGGUGGACUAUGUGCCCAAGAUAAAGCAGGCGGCCGACAGGCAUCCCAACACGCUCUGUCUCGCUGCUCAGAUCAUCGCUGCUGUUGGCAAAUUGAGCAAGGACAGAGCCCAAGAAGCACUGAACUUUGUCCUGGAACACCUGGGCAAGGCUGACCGCGGGAGUCAGGGCACUCUGAUCAAGGAGGCCACCCUACUGUGCUCAUCCUAUCCCGUGCUAUUCACCGACAAAAUGCUCGCACAAGUCAUGCGCAACAAACCGUCCAAUAACAGCCAGCAAAGUCGGACUUGUGUGCUAGCUGUGAGUUCGGAAAGAGAUCAGUACAAAUUCUACCAAUCAAGUAAACCAAUCAGCGGAGUGACCAUCGUCAAAGUGGGCGGACAACAAUCCACCGCGACAACCCCGCCCUCGUCGCAGAGCCGAAGUCACACGAACAGCAGUGAGAGCACACUGGCCAACAACACGGGAAGCAACGGCAGUAUGACGGCGGCUAAUCUGAACAGUUCCAUGACGGCCGGCCAUUUGAACGGCUCCAUUACGGCGGCAAAUCUGAACGGGUCAAAAGUGACCACUGUUUACACCAGCCACAAUCACGGCAAACAUGUGCAUAAUCACUAUAAUACCAG